GAGUAGAAGAAGAAGAAGAAGAAGGGGUGAACACUUAAUCAGAGAAUAUGGGAACGAGGCAAUGGCCUCGACUGAUCCAGGCAUUGGCAUUUUGCCUUAUUGCUAUCACUGUUUUUGCUGAUGAUUAUAAGCCUUACUAUGGCCAACCAUCGGACAACUACUAUCCACAAACACCACCAUCUUAUCAAGUAAAACCACCACCUUACUAUUACAAGCCACCACCACAUUAUCACAAAUCUCCACCUCCACCACCUCCUUAUGUCUACAAAUCCCCUCCAUAUCUCUACAAGUCCCCUCCACCACCAUCUCACUCACCUCCCCCACCAUAUGUCUAUAAGUCUCCACCACCUCCAUCCCCCUCUCCUCCUCCACCAUAUGUUUACAAGUCCCCUCCUCCUCCGUCUCCUUCACCACCUCCUCCAUAUGUCUACAGGUCUCCACCCCCACCCUCUCCCUCACCACCUCCACCUUAUGUUUACAAGUCUCCCCCACCACCAUCUCCAUCUCCUCCUCCACCAUAUGUCUACAAGUCCCCUCCACCUCCUUCUCCAUCCCCACCACCUCCAUAUGUUUAUAAAUCUCCUCCACCACCAUCACCCUCACCUCCUCCUCCAUAUGUCUACAAAUCCCCACCCCCACCAUCCCCAUCACCUCCUCCACCAUAUGUUUACAAGUCACCACCACCUACCUCUCCAUCACCACCUCCACCAUAUGUUUACAAGUCUCCUCCCCCACCAUCUCCUUCUCCUCCUCCACCAUAUGUUUACAAGUCCCCACCUCCUCCAUCCCCUUCACCACCUCCUCCAUAUGUUUAUAAGUCACCACCACCACCAUCUCCUUCCCCUCCUCCACCAUAUGUUUACAAGUCCCCACCUCCCCCAUCUCCUUCACCGCCACCUCCCUACGUUUACAAGUCUCCACCACCACCGUCUCCAUCUCCUCCCCCACCAUAUGUAUACAAAUCUCCACCCCCUCCAUCACCUUCUCCUCCCCCUCCCUAUGUCUACAAAUCUCCUCCUCCUCCAUCUCCCUCACCACCACCUCCAUAUAUUUAUAAGUCACCUCCCCCACCAUCACCUUCACCACCUCCUCCAUAUUACUACAAAUCUCCACCUCCACCAUCCCCUUCACCCCCUCCACCCUAUGUCUACAAGUCACCACCACCUCCAUCCCCUUCGCCACCUCCUCCAUAUGUCUACAAGUCUCCACCCCCACCAUCUCCUUCACCUCCUCCUCCAUAUUACUACAAAUCUCCACCCCCACCGUCUCCCUCGCCUCCUCCACCCUAUAUCUAUAAGUCACCACCACCUCCUUCACCUUCACCACCUCCUCCUUACGUGUAUAAGUCUCCACCACCACCUUCUCCAUCGCCUCCUCCACCAUAUUACUACAAGUCGCCUCCUCCACCAUCACCUUCACCACCUCCUCUAUAUUACUACAAGUCUCCACCUCCACCAUCACAUUCACCUCCUCCACCAUAUCACUCUUACCUCUAUAACUCACCCCCACCUCCCGUAUAUUAAGUUUGCGGCUACAACAAUUUGAUUUUUUUUUCCAAUAAAAUCAUGUUCAACAUUGUUGUGGUUAAUUUGUAAUUAAGAAUUUGUUUAUAAUAAGGUCUACACUGAAGUAAGCCUUAUUUUGUGGCAUUGUGUUAUCCCUCAUUCAUUAAUAGUAGGGACUAAAGUGAGGGUCUUAUUUUGGCUGUAGUGUAGCCCAUGUGUUUGUAUUGGUUUUAAUUCAUAAGUGUGUAUUAAUUUCUUUUUCGAAUUA